AUGCUCCGCAUCAACCUUAACCGACUGAACAGAAUUACUAAGGCCGAGGAACUCCUGGCAGAAGAGCGGGCUGGAUUCAGAGCUGAACGGAGCACAGUUGAACAGAUCUUCAACCGCGGAGUCAUCAUUGAGAAACACCUGCAAUACCAACGUGAGCUCUUCCACAUCUUCAUCGACUUCAAGAAAGGUUUCGACCGCGUGUGGCAUGAUGGCCUAUGGCAGGUUCUGAGAGGGUUCAACAAUGACGAAGGACUGGUUAAAGUCAUCCAAGAACUUUACGGAAACGCCAGCAGCGCAGUCAGCACGGAGAAGUCGAAGAUCAUGGUGAAUAGCACGAACAACUACAGCGCAGACUUCACCGUGAACGGCGAGAAACUGGAAGAAGCGACCACCUUCAAGUAUUUAACACUGCUGAGGUACGAAUACGAAUCGCAAUGGCAACUGAAGCGAUGGCUAGACUAA